AUGCACAUUUACAUCACCGGAGGCAGCGGCCGCAACGGCUCCCUCGCCAUCGCCGCCGCCCUUGAGCGCGGCCACACCGUCACCGCCCUCGUCCGCCCUUCCUCCUCCUCCUCACUACCAGCCCGCGCCAACCUCACCGUCCUGCACGGCUCACCCCUCUCGCAGCGCGACGUCGCCCACGCCCUCGCCACCCCGCGCCGCGCCCACGCCGUGCUCUUCACGCUGAGCCUGCCGCGCACCGGCGACAGCCCGUUUGCGCCGCUCCGCCCCGACACCGCCCCCGACUUCCUCUCGCACGCAGCGCGCACCCUCCUCGCCGCGCUGCCCGCCGCCGAUGCACCCCCCAAGCUGGUCAUCAACUCGGCGCUCGGUGUCGGCGACUCGUGGCACGCCCUGGCCUGGCCGCUUCGCGUCCUGUUCAGCCACACUCCGAUGCGCUUCGGCGUGGCGGAUCACGCCGCGGUGGACGGACUGGUGCGGCGGGAGGCACGGGGCCGGUUCGUCUUGGCGCGCGCGGGCCGCUUGACGGAGCAAGGGGAAGAGGGCGCCGAAGGGGCGCUGCCGGUCAGGGUUCUGCCCGAGAAUGGCGAGGGCUUGCGUCUCAUGGAUGCGCUGACGAGGCAGAGUCUGGCGCGGUGGAUGGUUAUGGCCGCUGAGCAGGAUACGUGGGAUGGCACGUCGCCGGUGCUUGUCAACUAA